AUGGAGAUCGAAAUCAUUUCCAAAGAGAGCAUCAAACCAUCGUCCCCAACACCACACCACUUGAAAACCUUCAAGCUCUCCCUCUUAGAUCAGCUUAUUAUCAACCCUUAUGUACCAAUCGUCUUGUACUACCCUAAUCACAAUGGCAACAACAUCCUCCAAGCCCUAGAAAGAUCAUUGGCUCUCAAGAAAUCUUUAUCCGAAACCUUGACUCAGUUUUACCCUCUUGCUGGAACCAUCAAGAAUGAUCUUUCUAUCGACUGCAAUGAUGUUGGUGCUUGUUACGCCAUAGCUUUGGUUCGUUGUGGUCUCAACGAGCUUCUAAGCCAUCCUGACCACCAGCUCCUCAAUGGGUUGUUGCCGUUUCAACCUAGUUUCGAGGGGUCUGGUGCAGGUGCUCGUGUAACAAAUGUUCAAGUGAACAUUUUCGAAUGCGGUGGGAUCGCUAUCGGCUUGUGUAUUUCACACAGGAUCGUUGAUGGCGCUGCGCUCCGCACGUUUCUAGACGGAUGGACCAACAUGGCAUGUGGAGCUAAAGAAGUCGUGUAUCCAAACUUAUCUGCACCUUCCCUCUUCCCUGCAAAAGACUCGUGGCUCAGAGAUUCAUCAAUGGCGAUGUGUGGGUCAUGGUUGAAGGAAGGGAAGUGUGUCACGAAACGAUUUGUGUUUGAUUCUGAUUCCAUAGCCAGACUGAAAGCUGAAGCAACUACAAAUGGAGUGAAGAGCCCUACACGUGUUGAGGUGGUGUCUGCUUUGAUAUGGAAGUCUGCAAUGGAAGCAUCCAAACAAACCUGUGGUUUCCAGAAGCCUUCUCGCUUAGCACACUUGGUGAACCUUCGUCGAAAGCUCGCAUCAACCUUGUCGAAAGACUCCAUCGGUAACGUGAUUUGGCCCGCCACAGCAAAGUGCCAAGCUGACUACGAACCUACAUUGCAUGGUUUGGUGAAUAAGGUGCGGGAAAGCAUUUCGAAGAUCGACAGCGAGUUCGUAACCAAAGCACAAGGCGAAAAAGGGUACGUUGCGAUGCAGGAGUCUAUCAAAGAAAUGGGAGAAAUCAGCUCCAGAGGGACCAUGGAUAACUACACCUUUACAAGCUGGUGCAAGAUGGGUUUCAACCAAAUCGAUUUCGGGUGGGGAGAACCGAGUUGGGUGACGGGUAUCAUCGGCCAUGGCAGCCCGAUGUUCGUCAAUCAGGUGACCUUAAUGGACACAAAAUGUGGUGAAGGAAUAGAAGCAUUUGUUAACUUGGAUGAAGAAGAGAUGGAGAUUGUACAAGGCAAUACAAAGCUACAAGCAUAUGCUUCUGUAGAUCCAUGCCCCAUGCCAAAGUUGAUGGAAUGAUUAAGAGUUUGAUCUGAAUGGAUUCAGUCGUCUUUUACAUCAUCAUAUGUACCU